GAUAUUCGAGGCUGUAAAGGAAGCAAAGGAAGGUUGUUUUUGAAAAGUAUGGCAGAUAAGUCCGCAUCACCAGCUGUAAUGUCGGCCGGAACAAACAGCCCGGCAGUUCAGGCUACUCCGAAGAAAGCGGCAGUACCGAGGUCGAAAAAGCCAAGAACGACGCCGUCUCACCCUCCGACAUCGGAAAUGGUCAACGCUGCUAUCACAAACCUGCAGGAGCGUGGUGGUUCCUCUUUUCAGGCCAUCAAGAAGUAUAUCGCCACAACGUACAAGCUGGACCUGGACAAGCAGUCGCCCUUUAUAAAGAAAUAUCUAAAGGCUGCCGUGACUAGCGGAACCUUGAUUCAAACCAAGGGAAAGGGUGCAACGGGAUCAUUUAAAUUGGCUGCAAAAUCUGAAACCGCAAAACCCAAGGCUCCCGUUGUCAAGGCGUCUCCCAAGAAAGCGACCGUCGUCAAGAAGCCAGCUGCAGUGAAAAAACCAGCAGUGGCAAAGAAAACCGUGGAGAAGAGGAAAGCACCUAAAAGUCCGAUUGCAAAGCCGAAGAAGGCGAAAGCAACUCCGACCAAGAGUAAGGCCACAAAAUCCCCCAUGAAGAAACCUAAGGCACCGAGGCCCAAAAAAGCUCCCGCCAAGCCGAAAGCAGCCCCAAAGAAAGCCGCUGCUGCCAAGAAGUGAAAAUUGAUAACGAUUUUCAACUUCACACGUUCCAAUGGCCCUUUUCAGGGCCACCAAUAAGAUCUUACGUAAAACACUUUCAUUUUGCAAAUAUACCUCU